AUGGCGGGGGCGUCGUCGUCCUCUUCCUCACCGCCCAGUUUGCCGCCAGCGGAGGGAGCCGCUGCUGUCGAGACCGCGCGCAGGAAGAGAAUUCUUUCCAGCAAGCUCUACUUUGACGUACCUCUGACCAAGGUACAUCGCAUGUGGAACGGAUUCUCUGAUUCGCUUGCUCUCUGCAAAAUUCAGGGGAGCGAGAUGGUCUUAGUUGCUCCUUUGUUCAACACGGAGUUGUCCUUGUCGUUCUGAUGAAUACUUAAUUUUCAUGGCGCGGUGCCCGGGUUCCAGGCUCCGGUGAUUUACUCAUCUUCUUAUGACAUCGCGUUCAUGGGGAUUGAGAAAUUGUAAGUUCUUUUGGUCUCGCAUUCCGUGCUUCGAGUUCUACUCGUUUCCAUGGCCUGACAGAUGUUGUUCCCUGCAUUAUCAUUGUCUUUUACAUGUUUUUUGGGUUGCUAUUAUUUUCUGUUUACACAGUGAAUCAUCUACCCGACUCAAGAUUAACUGUCUGAGGUAGUAUUGGAACUAUGGAGUCGUGAUGAUUUUCCAUUAAACAUGGAUGGAUCGAUGGAUCGAUGAGUCGUGAUUAGCUUGUGGAUGCUCGGGAGAAUAGCAAUGGGCCUCAACUUAGACGUAGAAUUUUCAUAACAUGUGGAUUAAUACUAGCAUAAAAAUAAUGGAGGCCGAAAAUCAUCUAUCAUUUCCUGAUAUUGUCACUAUCAGAAUGGAGUAGAUGCACGAAGCAGCAGGCUCAAAUUUUUCUUCAUCCAGAAACCGAAACAAUACAUCCAGUUGCGUUUGUAUAUAUUGUCGGCAUCCUAAAUGCUAUGCUCCUAUCAUUUCUGAGUUCCUCUCAUGUAAAAGUUUAUCUUCUCUUUAGAUAAAUUUGCCACAGGGCUGCAAGAAAUGUAUUUCAUAUAAGGGAUCUUGCCUCUAGUCCCCUCUUACCUCUUAUUUUCUCCUUAUAUUAAACAUAAGUAAACAGUUGACAUUGACAUAUUUUUUAAUAUUUAUUUUGAAACUUGUUUAUGAGAUUAUAUUGUAUGAUUUGGUACAAUCUCUCUUAUCCCAGUCUGGGGUCUAAUUUUAUUUGUUAGGCACCCUUUUGAUUCUUCAAAAUGGGGUCGGAUAUGCCAGUUUCUCAUCACCGAUGGCAUCUUGGACAAGGGUCGAAUAGUAGAACCAUUGGAAGCUUCACGAGAAGACCUACUAGUGGUACAUCCUACAUUUCGUAAUGCCCCUUGUCUUUAUCUUUUCAUAAAAGAAUGUAGGAACUGUAGUGUAUGCUGUCAGUUGUCCAUUUUUUAUUCAAAUACAAUGCAUAUUGCAGGAAUCAGAGGGCUCAGGCCCAUGAACCUGUCAGACUAGUAUUCCCAUAUUCAGGGCGAACACCAUUGUUUGAACUUUCUCAUGUGUACGACAAACUGAGGAAAGGAGAUGGACUAGUGUAGUGACCUUAACUUCUGCAAUGCUUCGUUGGUCAUCUUGAGGUGUUGAUGUACGAUGGCCAGUGAAAAAAGCUAAAAAGGCAUGACAGACGCCACAAUGUCUUCGUGAAAUUAUGGAGAAGUUAAAAUUUUAACGAGUUCACUUCAUAUAAGAAUGGUUUUAUCUGUCCAUUCAUUUCAUUCAUCAAUAAAACAGUCUCCUGAAUAGGAACGAUAUAGGGUUUAGGGUAAUUAUGUACGGUAUUCAUGUAUCUAAAUCCAUCCAAUGAUAAUAGUAAAACAAAGUCUAUGAAAAUCUUGUAUCAUCCUCUGGUAGAAGAAGCACGCAAGCACACGCUCACAGAAAGUAGUGUGGGAUACGAGCCAAGGACAAAUAAAUACCAUGAAAAGUUCUUUUGACUUUAAAAAAAUGUGCAUUAAGUAGAAGUUUCACGUGGGCAGUGUGCAGUGAUGGACAUUAUUUGAAGCUAUGCUUCUAGACCUCUGACAUAUGACAGUCUGAAUAUUCUCUGCUAAGGCAUCAUCUUAAUCUGAAGCUCUCCGGGAUACAUUUUUUUAAGAUUCAUUUUUUCUUUUAAGUUAUUGACGAAUUAUUAUGGUUAUUUUUCAUUAAAUAUACUCUUAUUAGCUCUCUAUUAGUACGAUAUACUCUUGUUGUAUCAUUUGAUAGAUUUAUCUUUAUGUAUAUAUUUUUUUCCAUCACUGAGCGUGAAUAGGUUUUCUUGACAGGUCCAUUCAGAAUCAUACUUGAACAGUCUCAAAAGCAGCUUAAAAGUUUCCAUUAUUAUUGAGGUGAUGUAUUGCCAUAAAACGUACAAUCAAAGACACUGCGGUUUCCUGCAUUGGAUCUAAAACUUUUGAGUACUCUACUCAAGUGCAGGAUAGUAUUUAUCAUAACCUUAAUAUGCAGGAUAGUACUCUUUGUUAUCUUGGUCACCCGUCCACUAAUAUGCAAGAUAUUAAACUUGUUCUUCAUGUGGGUAAUUGAUUCUUGUGGAGAACAAGUGGCUUGGCUUCUUUUUUUUUCCCUUCGAGUGAAUGAAAUCUAAUUUUUCCUGUUGCAUGUAGAAUCAUUACGGAUCUUUUAUAGCCUGUUCUUGUGUUAGGUCCCACCUGUUGCAAUGCUACCCAAUUGUCUGGUACAGCAGAAAGUUCUCCACCCUUUCCGGAAACAGGUCAGACCCUUCUCUAUUUCACUUGGCCUGCAUCUGGGUUUCCCCUCUGGUGAUAGUAAGACGUCGAGAGCUUCAGGUUGGAGGCUCCAUCUUGGCCGCGAAGCUGGCCAAAGAACGGGGUUGGGCCAUCAACGUUGGAGGCGGAUUCCAUCACUGUUCGGCAGAGAAAGGCGGAGGGUUCUGUGCAUACGCCGACAUAUCCCUCUGCAUUCACUACGCAUUCUCUCGUCUGAAUAUUUCCCGGUUGGUGCUUUUCUGGCUUAAUUUCUUCUCCAGAUUUGCCGAUUUUUGUUCUCUUUUCUCAGGAUUUAGCCUCUAUUUCUUCUCUAGAAUUGCCCAUUUUUACUCUCUUUGCUCAAAAUCUAGCCUCUGUUUCUUCUCUAGAAUUUCCGAUUUUUUCUCUCUUUGCUCAAGAUUUAACCCCUAUUUCUUCUCUAGAAUUUUCGAUUUUCACUCUCUUUGCUCAAGAUUUAGCCCCUAUUUCUUCUCUAGAAUUUCCGAUGUUUACUCUCUUUGCUCAAGAUUUAGCCUCUAUUUCUUCUCUAGAAUUUCCGAUUUUCACUCUCUUUGCUCAAGAUUUAGCUUCUAUUUCUUAUCCAGAAUCGCCCAUUUUUACUCACUUUGCUCAAGAUUUAGCCCUGUUGCCCUCACGAUUACAGGGCGAUGAUCAUUGAUCUUGAUGCCCACCAGGGUAAUGGGCAUGAGAUAGACUUCCGCAGUGACAGUGAGCAUCUCUCCUUUGACCCUCUGUACCCAUAUUCUGCCUUCUAAUGUUCACUGGCUGGCAGGGAGAGUUUAUAUCUUGGACAUGUACAACGCCGGAAUUUACCCACUUGUAAGAUGCUCUUAUUAAUGCAAAAUCAUGCAUAUUUAAGAGAUUUUUCUCAAGAUAAUCCACAUUAUUUCUCAUACCCACGAUUUUUUUAUGUCUAUAAACUGGCCCUCAAUCGAAUCAAACAGGAUUAUGAGGCGAGGCAGUACAUCCAUCAGAAGGUUGAACUAGCGGUAAGCAUUGUGCUUAGCCCUUCCCAUCCUGUGCCUUUUCCUUGGUACUCAGCUUCAUGGGACCUGCCUGCUCUCAUCUACUUAUGUAGAGCGGAACGAAAACUGAGGAGUAUCUGGAGAGAUUAGAGAGAGCUCUUCAGGUAGAGAGAAUGUCCCUGGCUCGAUAUCUCUCUUUCUUUCUUUUUUUUUUCCUUUUUUAGUAUGGAAUCAUAUGGGUUGGGGGAAUUCAUGGUUCUUGAUAUGGCUCAUGUUUGUCCGUUGACUCGAGAUUUCAGGUAGCGAGAGGUGGGUUUGACCCGGAAUUGGUGGUCUAUAAUGCUGGGACUGACAUUCUUGAUGGAGAUCCUCUGGGUCUGCUGAAGGUAAUCCCUGUAUUUUUUAGGGUUUUUUUUAAUUAAGAUUAGGAAAAUAGCAUGGCUUUUAGGGGGGCUGUGAAUCUGCUGGGUUAGCCCGUGAGCCUGGCCUGCCCCAUUUUAUUCUCUCUCUUCUUUCUCUCUCUCUAUCUCUCUACCGUUGGGUCGGUUCCCCCCAAAUGGCUCGACAAUUUGGCUCACGCUCAGCUGGCCUGGGUCUGCGCAGGUCAAUCCAGAAGGAGUGAAGCUCAGAGAUGAAAUGGUCUUCCGAUUCGCCAGAGAGAAGAACUCCCCCCUCGUCAUGCUGACCUCAGGUCCUUCUUCAAUCUCACCCCCCCAAGAUUCGCUUCAUCCCUCGUUCCUCUCUCUCUCUCUCUCUCUAACACACGCACUCUCUCUCUAUCUCUAAUACACAUACUCUCUCUCUAUCUCUAAUACACAUAUACUCUCUCUAUCUCUAAUACACAUACCAUCUCUCUAUCUCUAAUAUACAUACUCUCUCUCUCUCUCUCUCUCUCUCUCUAAUACACAUAUAUUCUCUCCCUCUCUCUCUAUCUCUAAUAUACACACUCUCUCUCUAUCUCUAAUACACACACACACACACACACACACACUCUGUAUCUCUAAUGCACACACACACACACACACACACACACACACUCUCUAUGUCUAAUACACAUGCUCAGUCUCUCUCUCUCUAACACUCUUGUUUCAGGGGGCUACAUGAAGUCGAGUGCUCGUGUGAUAGCUGACUCCAUCGUAAACCUGGCGACGAAGGGCCUGGUCAACCUGGGGGGGCCCACUCUGUAA